UCUUCAACGAAACUGGAGUAUGAAUCCUUUACCAAGAGGAAGAUUAAAAAGGCUUUUAGCUAGAGAUGGAGAUAAUCAAAAGCAUACUGAGGAUAUCAAACGACCCAACAAAUGUACCGAAACUGUUGUGCAGUGUUCCGAAUUGUCGUCUGUUCCGGUGGAUGUGGAGGUAUCUCAAGCAAAAGAAGCGUUUAGCGAUCAUCCCGAGUCGCGUGAUGUAGGAGAAGGAAGUGAUUCCGACGCAAGCAGUGUCGAAGAUCAUCUAGUUGAUCCAGACGAGCUAGAUCUAGAUGGCACAUUUUUCACACAAUCUGGCGACAACCGAGUUCCGGCAUACACAGCAGAAAGCGAGGAAACUCCGAAAAACAUCGAAGUAACACACGAAUCCUGCACCGAGAGUGAUACCGAGAGUGAUGAUGAGACGCCGCAGGAGGAAGCGAACGAGAAAAUGUACCAAAUUUUCUCCCAAAUAGUGGAUUUCGAUCGCCAACUGAAUGCUGCCAAUCAUGCUCGAUGUCCUACUGGCAUUGGGACGUUGGAUUUGUGCCCGGAAUCAACGAACAAUGUGGAUCCUUUUGAAGGGAUCGACGUUGGCAUGCUGUUGACACAAAUCGAAGGAGCAGCAGCGAGCUACUACACCUCGGAAGAGAUCGAUCGAAAUUGGGAAAAUGUAGAAACGCACUCUGUCCUCAAUGCGGAUGAUGAUCGAAAAGAGAUUGAGAUUUUCGUGUCCAGUGCCCAGCACAAACCAGGUCGAAUAAUUGAUGUAGCACAGAGUCUCAGACGAUUAGAGCAAGAAAAGAGAAAGAAGGAAUACUUGGAUCAACACAAGGUACACCUGACUCUGCUUUUAGCCUAUGGGACGCAGCUAAACUGGAUGAUCAAUUGCUGUCUUUCCGAGUAUGCCGAGGAGCUGUUAGACUUGGCGCAAAAUUGCCCCUAUCCUCUUGUGGAUAAGAUAAAUCAGGAUUUCGUUCGAUCGAUUGUGGACCAUUUCCAAGCCAAUCUAAGACUGUCCAGUGCAAAACCCAAACGCAGGGGUAUCAAAAUUAGAACAGGUAUAGGCAAGCAGCUUCGCUCCCGGGAAGCAUCUUCCAGAAGAAUGUUUAAUCUGCUGCUCCUCACAUUGCUGCGUUUCUUAAGUGUUCGUUCGCGGCUAGUCUUAUGCCUGGAUGUUAUACCAAAGAAUCCUCCGGUACCUAAAGUGAACAAGAAAGUGGUACCCAAAAUCGGUACGAUAUCUGCAACUCAUGGGCGGUAUGGGAAAGUACCCCUAACCACGACAGAGAUACUGAAACAGAAGCCAGAAAUUCGACAGGUAUUUCAGAUACCGCAACUCGAUGGAGCCGAUGAUGAACAUGGUGCUCAAGAUAGUAUUUCUCCGUCUAAAAGCAUUUGCUCCAACUCUGCGGAACACAAACCUCGUCUUUGGAAGCUAAAAGCUUCCUCGGAAUCAACAAACAAAUCCAACACUGGCACUGAUGAUCGGCGUUCUGAUAAGAUUGUAGCCUCCAAAUUUUUCAAGAAAAAAGUCCCCAAAUCGCAGCUUCUCAAACCAAAGACGGAUGAUACGAAUGGCAUCACAGGAUCAUCUAAGUUGGCAAAACUGUUACAGCGAAAACCCACCAAGAGUUUGAAAAAAAUCGACACCACCCCGAAAGUACCUGAACUCGACACGUGGAUAGAGUGUUUCCUCGAACAGGAGCAACGUUGGACGGUAAUCGAAGCAGCUCUAGAAGGGGUGGAUUGCUUAGAGCAGGUGAUCGAUCGCAUCCUGAACCCACCGGCGUACGUGUUUGCCUGGGAAGCCGGUGGGGCGAUUGUCGAUGUAGUGGAACGCUACUCAUGGCGUAACGAAAUGGCUUCCAAUAGGCAGAGGGUUGAUCGGAAAUGGUUAGAAAAGUGUCUUAUCCGGCACAGACCCCGGCUACAGGAUGUAGCUUAUGCGGUAGAUAAACGAGAAUACCGUCAACUAAAGUUUCGAGCGCCAAUGCCUACUACGAUUGCCCUGUUUAAGAACCAUCCAUCUUACUGUUUGAAGAGAGAUCUGCAAAAAUUUCAAGCAAUCUACCCACCGGAUGCUCCCCCUCUAGGAUUUAUUCAAGGGGAAGCGAUUUACGCUCGCGAGUGCGUCCAAACGUUACAUUCGCGCGAAGUAUGGUUGCGGCACGCUAAAGUUAUUCGUCUGCAGGAGCAACCGUACAAGAUCGUUAAGUCGAAGCUGCGCCGGGUGCAGAUCAUGCUAGAAUUGUUCGGUUACUGGCAAACGGAGGACUACAUACCACCGGAACCGGUCAACGGCAUUGUGCCUCGCAAUGCGUACGGAAAUAUUGAAAUUUUCAAAGACUGUAUGCUACCGAAAGGAACCGUUCAUUUGAAGCAUUAUGGUUUGUCGCACAUUUGUCGAAAACUUGGAAUCGACUAUGCUGUUGCUGUGGUCGGGUUUGGAGUGCACGCCGGUGGCAAUCAUCCAGUUUUCGAUGGGAUAGUGAUAUGUGAGGAGCAUCGUGAUCGGUUGCUCGAAGCAUGGGAAGAGCACCAGCUCGACUCGGAGCAAAGAAAGCGCCAGAAGAAGGAACAGAAGGUGCUCGCCCACUGGGUGAAGUUAGUAAAAGGUGUGUUGGUGAGAAACAGGCUUAAACAAAAGUACAACUUUGACGGAAUGUAGCACGUUAUUUGGUUAAAUAAAUUGUUUUGUUGAAGUUGAAUUCAGGGUCAU